AUCGGGGGCCCCUGGAGCCUAUUUAGGAGGGGGUGAAGUGAGCAGAUCAGCAUUUAGGAAAAUCACUUCGGCGGUUGGAAGAUGGAUUGGAGUGUGGAAAGACUGGAGGCUGACUGACCUACAGAGGGUAAUGUCAGAGGAGAGGAGGCGCAGACAGACACAGCAGAAAAAAACCUGAGCAAUCUGACACAAGACAUCCAUAAUCAAUCACCAACGGGCUCCGGCGGGCAUGUAUAAACAUACGCCUGACGGCGCAUGCGCACGCGACCAGCCCGGGUUUCAACUCUCAGGGGCGGGACUUAGUCUGAAGUCUGCAUUUCCCUGCCCAGCCCAACCAAGCGACUUCCUUUUCCGGGGACAGAGGUCAGUCAGAGCGGCGGGAAAUAUCUCGUAUCCCUCCUCUUGGCCCCAGGUGCAGGCCGCCUGAGCCGGCGACUAUGGCGACGUCGUGGAAACCUGUCUUGCAGCCCUGGAUUCGGGAUCUGCUCCUCGGGUUGGAGCCUGGGGAAGGCUCGGGGCUGGAAGGGAAGGGAGAGGGGCUCGGGCAGCUGUUGGAGGUGGUAAAGGAAGCCGAGUCCGGAGGGAGUCUCGAACUGCUUAAUGGAAAGGCUUCUGCUAUCCUGCUGGUGACUGAUGGGACCCACAGUGUGCAUUGCCUGGUGACCCCCGAGGCCCUGAGCAUGGCUGCCUGGGAAGAGAAGCACUUUGGUUUCAGGAGGGCGGUGGGCCGGCUACUUCUGCUGCAGGACUUCAGAGUGUCUGUUCAAGAGGUGCCUGAGACUUCGCUGGGAAACGGGGAGUUCUGCCUGUGGGUGGAUCGCUUCAUCCUGCUGCCCACGGAGCUCCCCAGGGAGGGUGUAACAAGCUGUAACUGGGACCCAGCUGUGAGGAGAAAACUUCAGGAGUAUAAAAAGCACCAGGAAAGGGAGAGGACCCCCCCUAACAUAGAUAGAAGCUCUACAUUGUCCCAGUUGCUGGAGGAGAUGUGUGAAGAUCGACAGAGCUUGCUAAGCUGUCAGGCCCAGAGCUGCCUGGAACUGGGGGGUUCACAGCAGGGUGCCCUGCCCCUUACUCGAUGGGAAGCCUCUCGAAGGAAGGCUUGGGGAGAAGCUGUUUUCACUAUCCCAGGCCUGAAGCUUCAUAUUAGUGCAGAGGAAGAAGACACCCUUCGGAACCUGAGAGCAGUUUCUGAAAACAGCCCUGAGCUUCAGAGUUUAGAGAGGACCCCAACAGACCCCUGGCAUUUACUCCCAGCCCUGUCCUUGACACAAUCCUCUUCUUCCUCUUCUUCCUAUGUAGAGGCCCUGGACUGUUUGCCCUUCCCUCCUGAGAGAAGCCCCAGUCCGCCAAAGGAUAACAUCACUGACAACCAGGAAUCCCCCUCUUUGGAAUGCAGGGAGCCCAUCAACCUGUCACCUCUGCUCUUUCAGGGCAGUGGGUCCUCUUGUAUCCUGUCUUCCUUCCCCCAGGAUCCACCCUCUUCCUCCCAGGACCAGCUCCCUCUAGGUCUUCCUGCUUCCCCUCAGGCAACUGUCAGUAUCCCUAGGGAGGAGUGGAAAACCUCCAGCCCAUGUGUCCCCCAGCAGCCCCGGGCACCCCCGUUGAGGGCUAGGGGAAGGGGAAGCAAAGACAGACCAGGAAACAAGAAGUCCAGUCUGCAGUUUGUGAGCAAGAGAGUCAAAGGUACCCUCUGGGUUCCAGAGAGUGCUUCUUCAGGGGACUCCAGCCCUGGAGAAGGCCCAGCCUCAGCCAGGGUUCUUCCAGAGAAACACUUGGAUGGUUCCCCGUUCCAGUACAACUACCCAGAGCCCUGUGCCCACCUCUGUUCCCAGGUUGUAGCCACCAGUCUCUGCCCAUCGAUCCUGGACUGGGCCAAAAAAGUGCUGCUAGAGACCGACUUGGUGGAGGUGUGAGAGCUCCUCCACUGUCCCCAUUACUGUGGGGCUUGCAGUUAAUAAAAAGCUGAACCACA